GAAAUCUGCAUCCCUGCCUCAGGCCAGUGUUUGGGAGUGUAGGGGGCUGUCCUUUGCUCUUUGUACAACCAGAGAUGGCUCAACAGAACUAUCCAGACAGAGGUGUGGGCUGAGGUCACAGAAUUGUCUUUGUCAGAGAUGAGACAAAGCAGAAUCAUCAACUAUAGAUAAACAGCAAAUAGCCUGGAGCUGAAAACCUUCCCUCUUAAAAGCUCUGUAUUUCUGUUUACAGUUAGGAAAAUUGGUAUUUUUAAGACAGGAGUCUGCCAUUUUCCUCAUUUGAUGGCAAAUUUAUAAAUCUCUCUCUCCUUUUCCUCAAACUACUUGUCCUCAUUCUUCUGAUGUGGGCUCAGGGACAAGUGCCAAACUUUUGGUAACAGAAUUAGGUGUCCCUGGGUGGACUCAUUGGCACCUUAGUGGAAGGACACCCUGCAACUGCUGUCGUAAGCCGUGGGGAGCAACCCAGGUUAAGCUGUGGGUCUUUGCUGGUAGGAGCAACAUCUUUUAUAGAUGACAGAACAAGGGAUGGCCCCAGUAGCUACUGAAGCCUGUUUUAGCUCCAGAGAACUCCUGUCUCUUUCUCCCUGAAUUUGGACAUAACUCUGACCCACCUGAACUAAGUUGCGUAUAAGGAAAUGGAUUUGGGAAGUGUCAUGACAGCCUUGGCCAUUUGUUUGGUAAGUUUCCUGGUAUGCAUGUCCAGAUCCUUGAUCUUACCCAUUUGGGGAGGUUUUUAGACCUUCCUGCUGAAUUUGUUUGGAGGCACCAUUUGGGGUGAAAGUUACAAGGUUGAGUGGACCUAGGGCAAUGGUUGGAUUUGGAGCUCAUUUGUGGUUACCAAGGAACCACGGGGAUUGGGAGAUGUGGUUCUCAUCUGAGAGAAUUUGGUUCUUGUUUGUCCCCUUUGGAUCAGGAGAUGUUGGUUCUCGUUUGAGAAUUUGGUUCUACUUUGGAUGGUUCCCAUUUGUAGGCCUUGGCAUUUUAUCUUGGGGAUUCCCUGUAUUGUCUGUGUGUGUUACUUUUGAGUUUUAUUUCAACAGAGAGAAGCUCCACAACUUUAGCUACGAACCUGUGUCUAAAAUAUGUAUGUACUGAAGUGUAAGGAGAAGUGGCUGUUGAAUAAACCUUGACAACUGGAAUUAUUUUGUCCAAGCUUGGCCCACCUCCUUCCCAGCGGGCUGGGCGCGGGGACGACCUGCCGGAGCCAUGGAGGACGAGGUGGUCCGCAUCGCCAAGAAGAUGGACAAGAUGGUGCAGAAGAAGAACGCGGCUGGAGCAUUGGAUUUGCUAAAGGAACUUAAGAAUAUCCCCAUGACCUUGGAAUUAUUACAGUCCACAAGAAUUGGAAUGUCAGUUAAUGCUAUUCGUAAGCAGAGUACAGAUGAAGAAGUUACAUCUUUAGCGAAGUCUCUCAUCAAAUCCUGGAAAAAGUUAUUAGAUGGGCCAUCAUCUGACAAAGACCCUGAAGAAAAGAAAAAAGAAUCUUCAAUUACAUCACAGAAUAGCCCUGAAGCAAGAGAAGAAAGUAGUUCCAGUGGCAUCGUAAGCAGCAGAAAGGAUGAAACAAAUGCUCGAGAUACUUAUGUUUCAUCUUUUCCUCGGGCACCAAGCACUUCUGAUUCUGUGAGGUUAAAGUGUAGGGAGAUGCUUGCUGCAGCUCUUCGAACAGGAGAUGACUACAUUGCUAUUGGAGCUGAUGAGGAAGAGUUAGGAUCUCAGAUUGAGGAAGCUAUAUAUCAAGAAAUAAGGAAUACAGACAUGAAAUACAAAAAUAGAGUACGAAGUAGGAUAUCAAAUCUUAAAGAUGCAAAGAAUCCAAAUUUAAGGAAAAAUGUACUAUGUGGGAGUAUUCCUCCUGACUUAUUUGCAAGAAUGACAGCAGAGGAAAUGGCCAGUGAUGAGCUCAAAGAGAUGCGGAAAAACUUGACCAAAGAAGCCAUCAGAGAGCAUCAGAUGGCCAAGACUGGUGGAACCCAGACUGACUUGUUCACGUGUGGCAAAUGUAAAAAGAAGAAUUGCACUUACACACAGGUACAAACACGUAGUGCUGAUGAACCAAUGACAACAUUUGUUGUCUGUAAUGAAUGUGGAAAUCGAUGGAAGUUCUGUUGAGUUGGAAGAAUUGGCAAAAUGUCUGGACCAUUAAGAAAAUGGAUUUUGUAAUUAGCUUUAAAACUAAGCCAAGCAACUAGUUUUCCUGCAUAUCAGAUUUUUAAAGCAACAUACAUCCCUUGGAAUAGUCUUUGUUUUUGACCUAACAUCCCUUCUUUAAAUGCCUUCUAUAGUUUCAGAUCAGUAGGAAAGACCGUACGAUAAUUGUAUGUUUCAAAACUAUUUUUUCAUUUUUAUAAGUUGAUAUUAAACUUUUACCAAUUAAACUUCUGACAAUUUAUUUUUAUUUUUUCUUCUUAAAGAAAAAUGUACGUUUUUUAAUAGUGUGAAACAUACACAAUAGAAAUCUACUGUUAUCCUGUUAUUAAUACAUAAAUGGAAAUUACAUUUUUUUCCAUAUUGGCAUGUAUCUACAAAUAUUAAAGGAGGAGAAAAGGUAAUAUAAUUUUAGGUUUACCAAAUAUGGUGUGUAUCAAAUAAUACUUGACCAGCUUAUCUAAAUUGUAUAUAAUUGAACUAGCAUAUGAAUUUGAUUUUAAUUAUUAUGUUCACAAGCCUAGGAUAUUAGAUACUAUUUUGCAUCUGUAACUAGCCUGAUCAUCAUUUCUUGUAAUUUCUUAUACAUGUAUAUUGCUUGUUCUUAAUAGAUUUGACUUCUGGAAACAUGACUUGACUUUGUUGAAAUCAGUUUGGUUUUGUUGUUUAUUUACCUGUUCGACUUUGUAUUUAGUUUUGCACAAGAACACCAUUGUAGUUUUUGUAGGCUUUUCAUAAAUCUUCUCACAGGCAAAGAAUGAAAGCUUCUGACUAUUAUUAUUUUUUCCCUCAUAGGAAGACAUACUGAGAAUGAUAUCUUAGCAUCUUAGUAUAGUUAGUUAUUGUAAACAGUUCAAGAUUUGAUUUUGGUUUGGAAAUCUGUACUGACCAAGGAUUAAGCUUAAGGAUUAUAUAAAUCAUUAAAGCUGUGGUCUUUCCAUAUGGAGAUUGGUAGAAAAUACUUUUGUCUUGAGUCUUAUUUGCUGACUUUUUCUGUUGCACAAUGAAUGAGGUUAUUGAUCAAACUGAAUAGAUAGGCUAUAGCAAGUAGUUCCAUAGUACAGAUCUUACAGUUAAGUUUUUCCUUUUGUUUAAGUGUGUACCAUUUUUUCUGUUUGGAAUAAGAAUAAAAAAAUGGUUUUCAUGUAGGUUCCUUAGAGUACAUUUUCUCUAGCACACAUUAAAGGCCACUGUUGCAAAGUCUACAUUUUAUCAUGCUGCAUCUGCAUUCUGUGAGAUUUCUAUAGAAAGACCUCAGUACAUGCUUUGCACUCUCCUUUGCUUCCCUUUUCCAGUUUCUUAUUGCAAAUCAUUUUGAUGUAAUACUACAGAAAACAGCAUUUAAAUGGCCAUGUUCAGAAUUAGCCCACUGGUACCAGCCCACCCCUACUUCAUUAGUUCAUAAUUGAAUCUUUGGUUUUAUCAAUCCAAAAAGUACAUUUUUGAAAGAAUGAGUUUAAUAAUAAUACUAAGAUAGUCCCACUUUUAAAUUAAGUGGUCCAUUUUUAAAUUUGUAAUUCAAUAAAGUUUUUUGGUUGUUAAA